AUGUCACUGAGCAAGAAACGAUGUACCCUUUUGAUAACCGGUGUCGACAACUACAUCCCAUUCUGCAUCGCUCUUUCUCUUAUCGAGUGCCUCAAAGACUCGUCUGCUAAGGUUAAAACUGUCGUCACGGCCCAAGAUACUGACAAUAAACUCGUUCGAGAGUUGAGGAAAAAGGGAGCCGAAGUUCGGGAAAUUUGUUACGAUGAUCGUCGUAGUGUCGAAGACGCGGUCCGAGGCGCCAAUGUUAUGGUCUUCUUCCCUGAGCACGACGAAGAACGCGUCAGGCAGGCGAGGGAACUGGCUGAUGCUGCCAACAACGAAGAACAACUAUGCGGAGUUCUUGUUGGUUCCAUUGAGGGUGCAGGAGAAGGGAAACGACAGCUGUUUAGGGAUUACUGCGAGAUCGAAAAAAUUUGGAAAAAAGAAACAAAGUCGUCAGAACGUUGCGUAUGCGUUGUAAGACCCGCUUUCCUCCAGGAUAUGAUGGAACUUUGGGCUCCACAUGUCGAAGAUCGCGGCACAUUCAACAUGACCCCAUCGCCGCAGAGGCGCUUUGCUCCAUUAGCCAUGAAGGAUUUCGCACAUGUAAUUUACGAAAUUCUUGCAAAGGCUCACGAUAAAACGGUCAUCCAAAUCGAUCGAAGACACCACAACAAAUGCUAUACCCUUACCGGUCCCAAGUCAAUCAGCCUCCAUAAAAUGAUUGAAAUCGUUAACGACGCGAUUGGUGAAGAAGGCACAGUGGAGUACGAGCAAGUCAGCGAAGAAGAGCUCGAAGAAUAUCUUCGAAACCUCAGGCGUGAGGAGAGACGUGGUACCUCUGUUUGGUAUGGAUUGAACAGGUCUAAGCGGGCUAUCGCGAAACUGAUCAAUGAUAAUAGAAAAGUGGAUAAGCGCGUCAGGAAGUUCUUUGAUGGUCUUGAAUGUGCUGAAGACGCCGUUCGUCGCCUCGAGAGACGCAAUAGAGGUCGUCAACCUGUUGAUAAAUACCGCUACAAUACUCGUGAUGACUACCGCUACAGUACUCGUGAUGACAACCGCUACAAUACUCGUGAUGACAACCGCUACAACAAUCGUAGGCAGCAGGAUUUGCAAGCUCGCAGAAUUGAUGACAUUAUGGAUGCGUUAGAUCGAUUGAGGCACUGUGGGUUGGAGGAUGCGAACAGGUUGAAUAUCAACGAGAGAACUAGGCUUGCGAAUGAUGUGAAGAGGGAACUUAACAGAAUUGCAGAUAACCUUCGCCGUUCUGGAUUCGAAGAAGAGGGAAGACAUGAACAUAAAUACCCAUCUAUACCACUUCCUCUUCGUCCCAUUGAAGUGGAAUGCGCACUCGAUAUCCUACAUUAUAUUGAAGAAGGCUGUGCUGAUAGGGUCACCGAUGACGUGGAAAGGAUCAUUCACAGAGAACCACAAAGCAUUGCAGUCUGGUUCGAGGAUAACUCGCAAGAUUUCGUCCCCAGAAAUUGUGAAUUAUGCGGCCCCAGAUGUGAUUGUAAUUCGCAUGCCAACCGUAGACGUAAUUCCAAUUACUACGAACGUAGAAGUUUCCGUAGCAGAAUCUGA